AUGUCGGAAUCAGCUGAAAUCGCUGGGACAGUAGUAACGUCAGUGCUUAUCAUCACAAGUAUCGUAGGAAACUCUCUUGUUUGUGCUGUUAUUAAGAAGAAUCGAGACAUUGCCUGAUUUCAUACCGUGGGAGCCUGGCACUAGUUAUCAGUUUUGCCGGACGGAAGUGAAAAAAGAUGGCGGGAAAUGUGAAAGAAGACUCGCCCAAAAUGGCUUUUGCAGCAGUAAAAAAAGUCAUAAAUGAUGAUUGCCUUGAAUCACUCAACACAAAAAACUUGGGAGAACUUUGUAAUAGUCUUAAACUUAAAGCUUCCGGGACUAAAAGUGAAUUGUUACAAAGAUUGCUACCAUUUAAAGAUGACCCGGCUUUGCUCGACAACAGAGUGAAGAACAUCUCUGUGAAUUACAGCUUUACGACAGCCCUAUCGAGACAGGAGAUCCCACCACCAACAGCUGGAUGGAAAUGCAAUACUUCUCUCUUUCCCAAGAUUUCAAAAGACGUUAUCAAGACAUAUCAGUCUAAUAAACGACAGGGAAUGAUAGGACAAUUUCGCAAAGCUCAUCGAAUGUUUUCUUCAAGACGAAUGAAAACCAUCAAGGUUUUCAAAAAUGGUAGCCAGUUAUUUGUCAAGUCAAGCAUAUUGAAAAGCUUUUCUUCUGAAGUUACACGAACUGCAACUGUCUUGUUCAUUGACAAUGUUCCCAAGAAAGGUUUUUGCGAAUGUGCUGUCGGAAAGUGUGGUCUCUGUUGUCAUGUUAUCGUUAUACUGCUACAGUUAGAACACUUCACAACACAUAAAAAGCUGUUUUUGUCUUUGACCUGUACAGAGAAGCUUCAAAAGUGGCAUCGACCAAAUUUAAAGAAAGGGAAAGAGGUAAAAGCUAACUUGAAGGCUGCUGCUCAUAUCAGACUGAAAUAUUUUAGAAAUGCCAAAUCAGCAAGACAUGUAAAUCAAAGAACAAAGAAGAAAGUUGUAGCUAGAGGUGUAAGUGAUGAAAACAGUGACUGGCUGAAACGAGAUAUUUCCUCCAUGAGCUCUCAAGUAGUAGAUGGCCUGUCUAAAUGCAGAAUCAAUUUAUCAAAUCAUUUUCUUAAAACUCUAGAGAAAUUUAAAAUAAGACACUCAGGAUUGUAUCACCAUUUGUCUUACAAAAAUGCUUAUCUGAACAGAGUUAUACAAAAUGAACAUGACUACACAAAACUAAAUCCUCCAGCAAACCUGGAACAAAACUCCAAAACACCUUCUGAGUGUGAGGAUAAAUGGCACUCUUCAUUGAAAGCCAACUCUAACAACUUCAAUCAAGAUAAUUGCACAGUGGGACAGCCUACUUCAGAAUGUCAAGAGCAAACAUUUUGUGCAGAUAAAACUCAAGAGUUGUUAGAAUUGCUUACAAACUCUAAAGAUGAGAUUAUAACUGUUAAGGUCCCUCAGCUUAAAGAAGUCAGACUAACUACAAGUGCAAGAUACAUUGAUGUUCAACAAGGCACUUCUGAUUGGCUUAACCUGAGGACGGGGGUAAUAACAGCAAGUAAACUACCAUCACUCCUGGGUUUUCAUGGAAACAAAGAGUUUGAUUCAUCACGGUUUUAUAUUUUAAACAAGAUAGAUGAAAGUAAAUGUAAACCAAAGCAAUACAGAAACUUUCGAAGAGGAAACUACUAUGAAAAAGAAGCUUUAGAGCACUUUCAGAAACUCUCUGGUAAGUCAGUUUAUUCGAAAAUAUUAAUAGUAACAUAAUACUCUGAAAUUUAGCAAAUAAGUAUAUUAUCAGCAUAUCAUGGAGUUAAUCAUGUACAUAACAUAAUCAAAUAGGAAUACACUUACAUGAACAUAAAUGUAAGCACAAAAAUUAAUGUAAGUUUGAGUUAUCAUGAAUUGAUUUCUAUUUUUUCCUACAGGUGUCCCAGUCUCAAGUUGUGGGUUUUUCAGACAUCCAUCAGACACAAACUAUGGAGCAAGUCCUGAUGGUAUUUCAGAAGCAUUUCUUGUUGAGGUCAAGACAAGAGCAGAAAACUCUGAAGCCCCAUUAGACAAAAUCACAGGCUCACAUAUUAUUCAAGCAAAUUUUCAGAUGUCUUGUGCAGGAGCAAAUCUUGUAUUUUUGCAAUCUUACCUCCCUGAAAAGAAAAGUUCAAAUAUAUUUUUCAUACCCAGAAAUGACCUGCUUAUAGAUGUCUUAAACGAAAUAACUGAUCAUAUUUUACAUCACAAAAUUGUAAGUAAGUGGGAUUAUGAAGAGAAUAACCAUCUCUCUGAACUUGGAAAGAACUUAUUAAAUACUGUUCCUAGCUUUGACACAUUACGUCAAUUCCGUAAGUGGGUAAACCAAAUGACAAAGCAUAUAAAGAAGGUAGUCUUUGUUAAAACAUAGUCAUGUAAUAUCAACAGAGUUUUUUGGAACUAGUUGUAGUUGUUUUAUUUUGGUCCAACUGGUUUUUUUAACAUAUUAACAAUAUGUGCAAAUAUUUGGAAACAGCAACCAAGUAAAUCAAUUCUUGAGCUUGGCCAAGUUUUGCUUAGAAUUUGCCAAUCUCUGAUUCUUCCUAUGUAGUUUUCAAUGUAGAUCCUCAAUGUUGCAAUGUCAAAGUUCUUUACUACCUCAGUCUCAUCAAAUUGAUGAGAAAAUUUCAUUGGAGGUCUAUUGUGUAACAGGCCUUUCUCAUGACAAAUAUCAGUGAUAUUAAAGCCCUUAUCAGUCAUAACUGUCUUCACUUUUGUAACUGUAUCUAGCACACAUGAUUGCUCUGUUAUGUCAGCAUCACUAAUGCUGCCAGGAAAUGCAUCGGUACAUUUGAGUAAAAAACCAGGAGGAAGGGUCCACAAACAUAUCUUCCCUGUAGUGUGGUUCUUGUAGUUCGAGAAUGUAAUGUUAUUAAUAUCAAAGUUCUCUGAUUGGGAGAUCCAAAUUUCAGUUGCAUCCCCUAUGAGAGCAGUAUCACCAUAUCCUGACUCCAUAAAACAUUUUGGCAUAUAGUCAUUCAAAAAUCCAGGUAAUGGGGUCAGGUCAAUAGACUCAAAAAUGGUGCUCAGGAAUACACACCAUCCUACAAAAAUUCUACUCAUAGUUGAUAUACUUGAACCAGUCAUCCAUGCAAUAACACCAAGGUCCAAUGCAUGUCUACAAAUUGUCAAGAAACUGAUAAGUUCUGUCUUUGUGUCCAGCUUUCUAAGAUGGGAGGAGUCGUCAUUGUUACAAUCAGGAUAAACAAUUGUGUGCAAGAAAGGCUCCAAACAUUCAUAUAGACAAUCUAAUUCGGAAAGUGUUAAUCCUGUCAUAUAGUAAAUUCUAUCUGGGUAUCUCAUGAGUGCUUCAUAACUAAAAGUUUGGCCUUCGAGUGCUUUCUUCAUUGCAUUGAGUUGCUGACUGUUGUUCGCAGCAUUUUUUUCAAGUUCUGUUUGAGUCUUUGACAGCUGUUGCUGUAAAUCUUCAAUCAAAGCCUUUUUUCCAUUUAGUUCUCUCGUCAAACUUUCCACUUGACUUUUAAGCUUCUGAUUUUCUUUUUCUACGUUCGCAGCUGAAACCCGUCGCUUUUUAACUCGCGGUACGGGAGUUUCACUCCUGUCUUUCGGGGGUUUCCUUGGAGUACUCCUCACGGUAUUGGCAUUCGACGAAGUAAGAACCGUUUUUGUACAGUCAAUUUUCCUUUUCAAUUCCCUAGAUGGUUUUUGGGAGUACUCUUUUUCCAGAUUAGCAGCAUAUUCUUUUGUACAAAUUAUGUCUGGCAAUUGAUUCUUGUUCUCUCGUUUCCCUGAGCUCCAGUGGGCGCUGCAUAUAACAUGUUUUCUCCAGUUAAUAUUUUCGUUCAUAAGAACUUUCCUAUAUCCUUUUUGAAGCUCAGGAUCGCUGGGCAAAGUGUAAUACGUUAUUCCUUUAGUUCUGUAAUUAUUCGUACACAAAGAACUGGCACAAUUCCAAUGCCAAGUUUUCGUGUAAGUCGCCAUCCCUACGCCAUUAAACUGAAGUGAACUUCCGUCCGGCAAAACUGAUAACUAGUGCCAGGCUCCCACGGUAUGAAAUCAGGCAAUGAGGUACAUAACCUGCCGGCAGUUAACUAAAAAAAAUAAUGACUUCGCAAAGUCGUCAUUAUUUUUCCUGUUUAGGGCUUUCUGCGUAGUCACCAUCAACCUAGAGCCUGGUCUCUGAUAGUCCAUGUUCGAUAUACAUCACUACGAGGUUUUACGGACAAAAUUGCAAAAAUUUCACGAUUCCAUUGUCUCGUAAUUGCCAGAAGAGACUGACAAACAAAGAAGCCCAAAUCAAAUCAGGAGCAAAUCCAGAAAUUCAGAAAGGGCUGGCCGGGACACUUGCCAGAAAUAGAGAUACUUUUUAUUUUACUGAGAAUUCUUGUGGGGGGUGCGUGGUCCUCUUGGCCUCAACCCUAAAUCCGCCAAUGCAAAGAAAUUUAACAAGAAAGCCUCGUAGUCAUAUAUCGAACGCAGGUCAUUUACAGCGUGGUGAGCAACGCACAACUCUUAAUGCGGUAGCAACAGCUAUUUAAUUCUGAUUUACCCGCAACUUUGACAUGAAGAGGGUCAUUUUUCCUGUUUGUGAAUGUCUGACUUCUUGUUUGAUCCUAGAAGGCGAAUAUAUAAGGUGUGUAUGUCCCUGCAACAGUUUCUUUUCCACACUAUACCGCCCUUGUCAUGUCAUACUGUUUUUCAUCAUUGUCAGUGCUAGGUGGUUCUUUUUUGAAAUGAGAAAUUGUAUAAUAUGUCAUAACUUGUCUAAUUCGCAAAUAACAUUGAACGCUUAAUUUAACAGAAGUCCCAUGAAUUAUCUACUCAUCAACCUCGCAGUAGCGGACAUAAUCUUUGUAAUCUUUACCAUACCAAAAAUGAUCCUGUUACACUCAUCCAUUCAGCCAAAUGGUGCGACUGGCAAAUUGUUUUACACAUUUGGCACCUUUUCAUGGGUAGGGGCUGCUUCGUCGGUCUUUACACUUGUCACUGUUGCCGUGGAGCGCUACUGGAGCGUGGUGCACCCCUAUGGUGGCAGCGGAAAGAGGCUUACUAUUCGCAAACUGAGGGUAUGUAGCAAGUCAAACACGCUAAUCAAUGUAAAUUUGAGACAAAAUAGUCGGCACCCACAUCGCUAUAUCGUAACUUCAUAGUUUACCUACAAUUAUGGAAAAAUUGGAGAACGUUCUUCCUCUGCCGAUAUUGAUUACCGGUAAAUCAAUAGUUUUUAGGCCUACAAGGUUAAGAAUCCAAACUGGCCGGUGGCAAACCAUUUUGCUAUUUAAUCUCCGAGCGGAUUAGAAUUCCAGCCCUCUUACCGCUCGCCCUUGCUGCAUCUACAAAGUAGCUAUCAGUAUGUCACGAUGAUAUUGCUGUCAGUUAAGUCAAGAUCAAUUCUGUGCUUUAGCCGUUACUUAAUACCUUUAUGCAAACUCAAAAUGCUUUUGUAGAGUUAUGAAUAUAGAUAUCAAACAAAUUUUACCAGAGAGCACUAAUCAUAACAUUGUUUUUUGAUAAUUCUUGCAGACAUAGCAUUGAAACUUGAAGUUUCAAUCCAUAUCCAUCCUCGCCGUCCUUUGCGACAGACGACGACAAUCAGUUUUAAGACGGAAUCCAUUACAUCUUAAUUUUCAGUCAGGGACAUAAACCUUCUACCAGAAAAAUUUAAACAAUACUGCAUUCUUUUUGUUACACUUUAUAAGGGAUAUAGAUGUAAUUAGUUAUCUGUAAUAACACCAAAGACAGUUUCUCGUGGGAGCCUGAGAAAAUAGAAGUCAUAUUUCACAAGAAAUGCGAAAGCACAGAUAAAAUUCUGAAAAUUGCGUGCGUAUGUCAUUUUGUGAAAUUUGACAUUUUUCUCGGGCUCCCAUAAGAAACUUUCUUUGGUGAUAUUACAGAUAACUAAUUAUAUCUAUGGGCCUAGAAAAAUGUGAAAAAAGAAUUUUAAAAAUAUGCUUGAAAUUAUUGUGGUAGAAGGUUUAUGUAGCCUUGGAUAACAAAACUGGACCAUUUUUACCGGAAUUCAAUUUGUACAAAAAAAGAGUCUUACACCGUAGCUUUAAGAUAUCAAAUAGCUUGACAUAGUUCCUUAAAAUUCGUUGAUUCGCUCCAACGAACGGCUGCAUGUUUCUGGAGAGGUGAAUUGACCUUAACGCAAACGUUGAUAAUUUGUUCUGUAUAAUUAGUCCAUCUCUGAACUUCCUAUUGUUUGUACAUUCCGGUUUUAGGUCUUGCUUCCUGGUUUUUGGCUCUUUGCAGUGAUAUUUGAAAUACCAAUUGUUAUGUUCGUGGUAUGUGAAGAGAAAAUCGACUCCCAAUUCUGUAUCAGGGUGUGGUCUCAUGAGAAGGAUAUACGCCUGGCAUUUCUCUCUACAUUGCUUGCCUUAGUGGUUAUUUCCACUACAUUGAUGUUUGCUUUAUACUCCCGAGUGGUGUAUAUUUUGUGGUUCAGGCGAAAUAACGAUGCUAAACUCUCGCAUCAAAAGAGGGUAUGUGCUUUAGCGGAGAAAUUUCAGAUUUUAUCUAAUGUAAUGUACAUUGAAUAUUGUUAUUAUUUACUAACUUACUGUUUCUUGAGAAACAAGACAAAUGAAAAAUCACAUUACUUGUGGCUCAACUAGCCUGUGUACAGAACCCCCUCCCCUCAGGAAAAGGAUGAAGGAUUUUUCCUGAGCGGAGGGGGGUCUGUACACAGACUACACUCAACUAAUUUAACAUAUGUGAUAUAUAUGAUUGAAUGUAAUUAAAAGGUGUAAAAAAACAAUACAUAGGUGAAACCAAACGCACGCUUCCUGGACGCUUUAAAAAGGCAACAACGAUUAAUCCACUCACGUCGCAAAUGCCACAGCAGCAGUCUCUUCGCACUUCAAUCAACCUGGCCACUCGAUCACAGACAUAGAACUUAUUCCACUUGAACUUCAACCUAAACUUAGUAUGUCACGCCGUAAAGCAAGAGAAACUUACCUCGUAUAAAGUAGAGGUAAAACUCUUUCACCAGAUGGUUCUACCCGCUAGGACGAACGUUGAACUGUACCUUAUCAAUCGCUUUACUGUAUAUUAUUUACCUAUCUAUCAUGCCAUCUAUUGUUUUCAUCUUUAGUUUUAUCAUCAACCUCUUAUGUAAAUUUCAAUUCCAAUUUUAGGAGUCGUUAUAGUAUUUUCUUUCAGUGUAGCUCUGGCCCCGAGGAAGACUAAUUUUAAUUUGUCAGCCGAAAUAUUGGCCUCAAAUAAAUCAGCCCUAGCUUUGCCGUAUUGCCAGCCUUGCAUUCAGUAAUGUAAAUUAGUCACAUCCGUAAAAACUAACUAUUGAAAUCACCAAAAUAAACGCGCAUGACGGUUUUCUGUUUUUUUCUCACAGGGUGUGUUGAGGGUACGAAAGCGAGUGACGUUAAUGGUCAUUAGCGUCAGUGUCAUAUUUGGUAUCACUUGGCUCCCAGAUUCAAUUCUUCACAUCGUCGUACAAACAACCAGCAUCGAAUUGAGUCCUUUCAUAUUUCCCAUCUUACAUAUCAUGAUCAUGUUUAAUUCUGCUGUUAAUCCAUUCGUUUACGCUUUAAUCAACCAACGUUUCAAAGAGAAGAUCAAGAGUAUGUUGUUCCCCGGUUCAACUUCAUUGGUAUCCAAAAAUAGCUCAGAUUUGGAUACACAGAGCGUCGAGUUAGCCAACCGAAACAUCCAGCCGACGGCUAAAGCAACGUCAUGUUGA